GUUCCUUCAACGAGGCGAGUAGCAACUGGAGGUCGCAUACGUCUUGAGCGGAUCGAGCAAAGACAUUUUAUUUCACACAUUUCACUUCGAACCAAACAGAAAAUAUGGCUUCGAUGCGGUACUUCGUCCUCGUGGCGCUUUUGGGCUUCGCUGCCGUGGCGAAUGCUGCUAAUGCAGUACGACCAACGAACAUGCAGGGCAUGAUCGAUGAAGAGAAUGCCAAAUGCGAGAGCGGUGCUGAUUCGAUGGCCUGCAUUAAGGUGCGCGCCAUGCGUUUCGUCGACACAGUGAUCAACAACGAUAACUAUAAACUCGGCGACGUGGAGGUCCGGUCAAACGGCUAUCAGCCCGCUGCCGCUGAUGCCAGUGGUGCACGCUCAAACGACGAAGAACGUGAUUUUGUCGAUGCUGUCGGCGAUUACCUGCAAGGACACGAUGUUACCAUGGACUUGCCUCUGGGUGAUGCCAAGGUCACCGUCUCUUCACGCAAUUUGGCCAACGAUGAGUUGAGCCUUAAUGUGAAAUUGGCCGGUGAUGGUGUGGUUGAGGGCAAGGGUAAGAAGGGCAACUUCUUCAAGAAGGGCAAGAAGCACCGUUUGCGUAAAAUGAUUAUGCCAUUGAUGGUGCUGAUCCUAUUGAAAGCGAUGACUGUCAUCCCAAUGGCCAUUGGUAUACUGAAGAUUAAGGCAUUCAAUGCUUUGGCGUUGGGCUUCUUCUCGUUCAUUGUGUCGGUUGGUUUGGCCAUUUUCCAAUUGUGCAAGAAGAUCGCCGCUGAGCACCAUUCCGCGCACAUCACUGCCCACGGCCCUUGGGAUGGCCGAGCUAUUGGCUUAUCUGCCGCCGUUAAUGAGCCCGCAUACCAACCAAGCGAGGGAGCACAGAGCUUGGCCUACAAAGCUUACGUUUAAAAUCUUUGCUUGAUACAUACUUAUGUAUAUGCAAGCAUAAAGAACCUGAAGAAUACCAUUAUAUACUAAAAAUAGCAAAACAACAAAUUCCCACACAAAAUGAAAAAAAUACGUAGAUGAACGAACUUAGGAAAGCAGAAAUCAACCAUGGCAGCGCUUUGAGCCGCGGCAACGUUAUCGGCGCAAAAUUGGCACGUGUAAAGUUUGCAUUAAAAAAUGACACUUUGAACUGGAAAUUAAGCAAACAAGAACAAACGCUAAAGCAACCAUUUGUUUGGCGGAAUUUUUCCACUUUUUGCAUUAAUUGUUAUCCGAAGAGUUGGGAGCACCAUGCGAUGCCAUCACUGUCUACCGUAGCGACGCCGUGGCGUAUGAGUGUUCUGCGUGCAAAAACCAAACGGGAUACAAAGGCAAGGGCCAAUACCAACUAUAAAAACAGCAACUACAACAUUUACCAUUUAAGCACAAUUUAUUUAAUUGUUAGUAAUUUAUUUAUUUAUUUAUACCCUUAUUUAUUGUAAAAUACAUGAAGGAGAUUUGCCUUUUUCGUAUUGUUAAAAAUACAGAAGAUUGUAAAAGAAAUCCAAGAGAAAUGCAAAUGAAAAGUUGAAAAAGAUUUUUUAUCGAAAAAUUACACAA